AGCUAUUACGAGCGGGGGCACGCCAAUAAAAAGCUAAGUAGAGCUUUAGGGGAAUGAGAAAGAAAAAAAAAUCUAAAUUCUAUAUAGGAGUUUCCGCUUCGAGUGCGUAUUCGGUGUGAAGUAAAGUUUCACGACUUUUGUUUGAUAUUGUUUUAGAACCAUGGCACCGAAACAGUCCGCGCGAGGAAAAACGGGAAAGGCUGAGGUAUUUUUAUCCUUCGACUGUUUAUGUUGCUCGACGUGUGCAGAUGCAGCGGAGCUCCUAUUUCAUGAUGCGGAUGCCCUUCUUCUAUGGUCAUAAUGAUAAUCCAUUAUCCUCCAUGGACAUGGUGUCUUUCCAUGAUCAUUCUUAGGGCGGCUCUCCGGGCAGCAAAAAGUCGGGUGGUGGCGGUGGGCCCUCCGCAGAUGGUUCGGUUAGUGAGGCGGAACUGCAGGAAUUUCGCGAAAUCUUUCAUCUGAUUGAUAGCGAUGGGAGCGGCGAGAUUUCGAAAGAGGAACUCGGGAACCUAAUUCGCAUUCUGGGAAUCAAGGUCUCGUCGACAGAGCUACAGCUGAUUCUGAACGAGAUUGGAAGCAGUUCGCAGACGGGGGAAAUCGGAUUCGAGGACUUCGUAAGAACUAUGACAUGCAAAAUCAGUGCCGACUACACACCUGACGAGGUGCGACGAAGUUUCGAACUCUUCUCCGAGCACGACGUACAAUUUGUUGAUUUCCAUGGUGCUUUCUAAAUAAAAUACAAGAGUGGUAGAGUAAUGAAGAUGAAGAAGAACAAAAGUAGAAUACAUCAAGGUAGGAAUACGAAAACCAACGAAAAUCGCUCGGGAACUUACUAUUUUUUCUAUGCUAGUCGUAUAAUUUCAAUCAUCACCCGCAGCAGCAAAAACUUAGAUGGCGGGCGAGGAGGAGGACCCUAUAUUUACUUUGACUAAAUAUGUUGCGUCCGCUUUGCUUUUGACCACAGAUCUUCAGGAAACGCCUUCUUGACCAAAAAAACAGGAGAAAGCUCCACCCGGUUGCAUCAAAUUGGAUGACCUGAGCGAGGCCUGCAAGAGGUACGGAUCGGACGGCCGGACGGACAUUCAAGAAAUCAUCAACCGACUACAGACGACAAACAACUAUUUCAAUUACGACAAUUAUGUUGCUAUGACGAUGAAAUGAGCUUAUGCUCUUCAUUGAGCUCCUUGCUGUUGAGGACUUGUUUGCAACUACCGGGCAAGACUUUUACCCUUUACCAUUUUUUGAGUUCAAGCGUAAAAUCAAUUUUUUUGCUUGGCCCGUCUUAUUGCUGUUUCGGUUUCAAGGAGGUUGGAUUACCCAACAGAAGAAUUGUGCAAAAAGAAGCAGAGCACGGAGGGUCCUGCACGCCGAAGGUAGAAAGAUAGCUCGUAUAAUUUAAUUAUACGAGCUAUCUUUCUACCUUCGGCGUGCAAGUGGAACACAACAACCGCUAAUUAAAUUAGCG